AUGAAGACUCGGAGGAGACCCCGGAGGAUGCUGCUCCUCCCCCGGCUCCUCACCGGCGGAGCGGCGCUGCUCACCACUGCCUGCAUCUGUCACUUCGGUCAACUCACAGGCUCUGUGGGUCAUGGCAUGUCUUUAACCAAGCGAGAGCUCACCCUGCAAACAGAAGAUAACCAGACAGACACUGGAUCUGCCAUAAACGAGUUUCCAGAGGACGUCUUUACUCUGGAUCAGAGGAGACAGGGCGCUGUGCUGCUUCACGUCCUCUGCGCUAUCUACAUGUUUCACGCGCUGGCCAUAGUGUGCGAUGUUUACUUUGUGCCGUCACUGGAAAAAGUGUCGGAGAACCUUCAUCUCAGUCAGGAUGUUGCCGGGGCAACCUUCAUGGCAGCUGGAAGCUCCGCCCCAGAGCUCUUCACCUCGCUGAUUGGGGUGUUCAUCACAAAGGGAGACGUAGGAGUGGGAACGAUUGUUGGAUCGGCUGUCUUUAACAUCCUCGUCAUUAUUGGCCUCUGCGGCAUCUUCGCUGGACAGCCGAUCUCCCUGAGCUGGUGGCCUUUGUUCCGCGAUGCCGUUUUCUACAUCCUCUCCAUAGUUGUGCUUAUUCUGGUGAUCUAUGAUGAGCAAGUCAUGUGGUGGGAGACAAUCAUCCUGAUCUCCAUGUAUGGGAUCUAUAUACUCAUCAUGAAGUUCAACAGAUCUCUCUGCUGCCUGGUGGAGAGACACUGUAGCGUGGAGUGUCAGCCGUGCCUGAGCAGUUUCAGACGGACGACCGCCGUCGCAAACCUGGGAGACUCUGAGAACGACAUGGUGCCGCUGAAGCCAGACUCGUGUGUGGCGGCCGGUCAGGACUCAGCAGUGAUGGUGGACGAACUACUGAACCUAAACCCCCACCAGCUCUCCUUCUCAGAGAGGCAGAGGCUGAUUCGAGCUCGGGUGAGCCCAGAGGGGGGUGCACCUUCGGGAGAGGACGUUUUGGCCGCUGGUGGAACGUGGGGGAGAGAGAAUGGGACGAUGGCUGAGGGGGACAGGCAACCGCAGGAGGGAGAGAAAGACACGGGGAAAGAAUCAGGGGGCGAGGCGGGUGGGAGUUCACAGCCAGAAGAGGAGGAGGAGGAGGAAGAGCAGGAGGAAGGAGAGGAGGAGAACGCUUUCAACCCCUUCGUCCUGCCAGAUGGUCCGUGCAUGAGACUGAAGUGGCUCCUGUCCUGGCCUGUGAGCUUCCUGCUUCACUGCACCAUCCCCGACUGUAGCCAGCAGCCAUGGGAGCGCUGGUACCUGCUCACCUUCCUGGCCUCCACGCUCUGGAUCGCCCUCUUCUCCUACCUCAUGGUCUGGAUGGUGACCAUAAUCAGCUACACGUUCGGGAUCCCAGACGUCAUCAUGGGCAUCACGUUCCUUGCAGCUGGCACCAGCGUUCCCGACUGCAUGGCCAGUCUCAUCGUGGCCCGACAAGGGAUGGGCGACAUGGCUGUGUCCAACUCCAUCGGCAGUAACAUCUUCGACGUGCUGCUGGGCCUGGGCUUCCCGUGGGCGCUGAGGACUCUCAUCGUCAGCUACGGAUCGGUGGUGACAAUCAACAGCAAAGGUCUGGUGUACUCUGUGAUUCUGCUGCUGGCCUCGGUCACUCUCACCGUUCUGUGUGUCCAUCUGAACCGCUGGAGGUUGGACCGCAGGCUGGGCCUCUGUCUCCUGCUGCUUUAUGCCAUCUUCCUCCUCUGCGCCGUCGGCUUUGAAAAGCUGUAGACGACACACAC